UGAAACAUGGCACCAACACUUUAAAUGUUGCGUUUAUAUUUUUGUUCAGCGUAUUAAGACAAGCGAAUUGAGAACCCAUUUUUUAACCUUGACCUUGUGUGAUAUAAUGAUGCUCCUGCUAUUGUUUCAGUGACCCCUAUAAUAAGAUACAUCUCUAAACCACACCAUAAUGUCACGUGUUAAGUGCAACUACCUUCAGGUGAUACUUUAAGGACAAAGGGAAGGAGUGUCUCUUCAUAUGGGUAGAUCUUUCUUUAGAGAGUGUCCCAGUGUUCCAACGUGUCAGAAGUGCUGCCACCACGGAGCCAUGGAAAUCAUCACUGUUCUCCUCCUUCUGAGCUUCUGCAGCCCUUUCUCAGAUGCUCUGAAGUGCUAUGUGUGCAGCUCCACCACAACCAAUGAUGCAUGCAACCAGUCAUCCCAAACCUGCCAGGCACCCCUUGAUACCUGCAUGACCACUGUGGACACAUUUGGCAAAAUAAAGGCCAUAGGGAAGUAUUGCGCCAGUGCAAGGACCUGCAAAGGAGCAGCGUCAGGGGCCUCAGUGGAUGCGAAUGGCAAUGGGAACCAAGUCACCUGCUGCUCCAGUAACCUUUGUAACAUCAACGGAGCAACUGGUGUUGGGCUAAGCAUACUACUGACUCUGGCUGUGUGUUUUAGCCAUGCUGUGCUCAGCAUUUUCUGGCUGCUCUGAGAAUUAAUGGAUGACCUCAUAGCAUGGGGGAAUUCAGACAUAGCCUGCCUCCAGCACAAUAGGCAACAAUUUCAUUUAAUAUUUACCAAACUAAUACAGCGCUCAUAUAUAUUGUUUGUAUUUAUAUUGAAUUAAUGUGACAAUGUGGUGCGGUAAUAAAAUGUAUGUAUUUUAUUUGUAUGGCUUUGGCUGUGAUGUGUUGUAUUGUGUUAAAUAACUGUGGUAAAUAGUUUGGCCCUAUGUGAAGAGAUUUAACAAAGAUGAAUCUUUGGUAAAAAAAAAUAAAAAAGUUAACUGGUUUUAUGUUUGCUCUACAACUGGUAUAUAUUUGCAUUGACUCCUCCCAUAGAAGUGACGUUUAUCAACAUAUAAACAUAUGUCCCGCCCUUUUUCAUUCCCUUUCCGCUAAAGUCUAAGUAGUAAGUCAACGUGCCUAAGGUGCUUGGUUCUUCUUUUGAAGCUAAGGCCCUGAAUCCGGCGACUAGCACAACCAAAAUUAGGCAUCCGACGCCCAAACUAUAAAAUAUACAUAGAAAGAUGGCAUCUGUAUCUGAACUCGCUUGUAUUUACUCUGCCCUCAUCCUCCACGAUGAUGAAGUCACGGUCACAG